UAAUUUAGUUCAUAUCCAACUUUCUUUCUUUUCUUCCUAAAACCCGACUGAAACGUAAUCCCAACUGUUUUGAAGACUUGGUAUUGUCCAAUCUCACUUUCUAUUGAAAUUUGCGUUUCAAAACGCGCGCUAAUAUUUAUGAUUCACUGGCACACACAUAGGUAAAUAUGUGCACACACGACGGCGGUCCAUAAAAUUCAGACUUUAUUCCAACGAUCUCUGAUAUUCAACGGUUCAUAGGAUAUGUUGAUUCAACAGAGUGGAACAAUCAAAUGUGCGAGAAUAUCGGAAAAUAUCGUUCUGGACAAUCAUCUCCACGUGGCGUACAUGCGUACAGCAUAAGCGAUCCGCUAUUAUCUUUCAUUAUCCGCAGAUCGCUGUGCGCCUUAAUUUUUGCACGUAUUAUCGUUCGCAAAUUUGUCUGGCGAUUCGACAGAUUGCAAGUUUGCAUUUUUAAAGCGAGAGCGAUUUUCCCCGUGACCUCGCGCGGUCGCCAACAAUGCAAAAUUCAACAGGACACGCAGUCCGUUUCUUACCCUACAUUAGUUUCUUUCCUCAAAUGAUCACCUAGCGGUUGUUGUAUAUUACCGUAUGCGCCACGUAUAAUAGUUUUCGACCGGUAAUUUUAGUCGGACGCUAGUCAUUCCGGGCAUAAGCGACAUUUUGUUCGCGCUGCCUCUGGGAUGUCAAUUAGCUCUACGUGGAAAGUUUUCUUUUUUACGGUAUAGCGUUUAGCUAAGCCCUGAGAGAUUUUGCGCGACGUCAACCACAUGACUUAUAGACAGUCGCACUGAAUCAGAAAAGGUUUCUGAUAAAAUAAAGCUACGAAGUGCCACGAAAGCAGGGUUUCAGGUGCGAGCUUGCAGUUGUAAUAAUCAGAAUAAUUAUCAGAAUUAAUUAUCGGGUGGUGCGAAUAUAAAGGAAGUCCAGGAAAAAGAGAUAAUGUUACCUACGAGUACCAUCGACGGUUCGAUGGAAUUUACUCUACGGAUGAUCGGUAUCUGGCCGGACAGCUUGUGCAAAAAUUUACCGCCUGUCCUUUGGACCAUAGUGAUGUUAGCUUGGCAAAUUUUUCAAUACUGGUAUCUUUUCACCCACAUUGGAUCCGACACCUUGAUUGACCUUGCGUACUGUUUGAGUCAGUACUUAUCGAACAGCCUGCUAUUUCUGAAGUUGAGCAUUCUUUGGUGGAACAGACGUAUUAUUUUCGACAUUUUUGCGACAAUGGCCGAAGACUGGAAUGUGUGCACAUCGGUCAGUUCAAAGACGCAAAUGAUAAACAAAGCAAUUUUGUGUCAUCGAUUUUCGAAAUGCACCAUCGGUGCAUAUACGAUGAAUCUGCUAUUAUUUGGGAUAACUAACAUAUUCGUUCAGAAAAGCGUGAGCUUUGAUCAAGUCGAUGAGGAAAGGCAGCUUCUCAUUAAAAUGAAACUGCCGUUCAUGUACAACACGUCGCCGAUUUAUGAAAUUGUUAUGAUCACGCAAUUUCUUCUGCAAUAUACAUUAGCACUCAUAGCGGGAAUGUUGAACGUUUUUAUUGUGACAUUAAUCCUCCAUAUUGCCGGUCAGAUCGAGAUAAUGUGUCAGGGAUUGCUGGAAAUGUUGGUAUCCGAAGACAAGAACGAAUCGCACAUAGCUACGUUGAGAGAUCUCGUAAUCAAACAUCAAAGGAUUAUUACAUUUGCGGACAAUAUCGAGAAUGUGUUCUGCUAUGCGGCGCUAUUACAAUUUUUGUCAAACACGCUUGUUAUUUGUUUUUUAGGAUUCUUGAUUGUGACUUCACUCGAUUCCAAUGAGGUGCUGAUGAAGACCAUUCCCUAUUACCUCAUCGUAAACAUAGAAGCGUUUAUACUUUGUUGUACUGGCGAAUACUUAAAAUCGAAGAGCAGAUUCAUAACUCGGUCUGCAUACACAUCGCUCUGGUACGAAUUGAAACCUGCUCAGAGCAGAAUCCUUAUGCUGUUGAUACUGAAGUCACAGAGACAGUUGACAGUGACAGCUGGCAAAUUCGUAGAUUUAUCUCUGGAGACUUUCACAAACAUCCUGAAAGCUUCGGCGUCUUACGUGUCGGUGUUACACACCAUGUAUUGAAACACAAAGCUGUCCAGUGUGAAACGCAACUUGACAAUGCAUCCCUGAAAUGAAAGUUUUAACUAGGAAAGUAGGAAAACUUAUAAAAACAAUUUUUAAAAGGAUCAUGCACACAGAUGUAUUUUUCUGUACACUCGUCUUUAUUUUUAGUAUUGGUUUCACUUGCAGAAUAGAGAUGAGUCCAUAACUU